AUUCCCAUGGUCAAUGAUGACUUACCAAACCGCAUCCUCUCCGGUACUGUCUCAGUCAAGCCAAACGUUCAAGAGUUUCGUGGAUCAAGUGUGAUGUUUGAGGAUGGCACUGUUGAAGAAGACAUUGAUCUGGUGGUGUUUGCCACAGGCUACACUUUCUCAUUCCCCUUCCUGUCUUCACAUGUAAUUCCUGUCUCAAAGAACAAAGUAUCCCUGUACAAAUACGUAUAUCCCCCAGGACUGGAGCGGCCAACUUUAGCCGUGAUUGGUCUGAUCCAGCCUCUGGGAGCCAUUAUGCCCAUCUCAGAGAUGCAGGCGCGCUGGGCCACUCGUGUUUUUAAAGGACUGUGCAAACUGCCUCCAAUGACUGGAAUGAUGAAGGACAUUAAAGCAAAAGAGGAAGCAAUGGCUCGAAGGUAUGUGGCUGCCCAGAGACACACCAUCCAGGUGGACUACAUCCCCUACAUGGAUGAGUUGGCUAAACAAGUGGGUGUCCAUCCUUCUAUCCUGAAGUUGCUCCUGACAGACCCUAGACUGGCUCUGAAUGUCAUCUUUGGGCCCUGCACCCCGUACCAGUUUCGUCUUCAUGGGCCGCGCCGAUGGGAAGGUGCACGUCAGGCCAUCCUGACUCAGUGGGAUCGAGUCAAAGAGCCCCUGAGAACACGCUGUACACCAGAGCCGCAGUCACAGCGCUCCUCUCUUUCACUCAUAUUCUCAGUGUCUGUUGCAGCGCUGCUGUCUGCUCUGUAUUACAGCAGAGCCAGUCUGCACACACUCAUAGCAGACCCUUCAUCACUCCUGGACAAGAUCAGGGCUUUUUCACCAUUGUCAUUGACCACACAGUGAUCAUGUAAUGUGAAUCAGAAACAUAACAUUGCUGUAUAAAAUCUGGCAACACAAGUCAACUAGGCUAAACUGUAAAAAUGA